CAAUCCGGUUCCAUCCGGUUCUCCCACCGCCCCCGCCGCGGGUCGCAGCAGCUCGGGCGGCGGGAGGAGCGGCAGCGGCCAGGCAGCCCAGCUUCGCGAAGGCUCUCGGCGCGCGGCGGCCCGCAGGCACCCGGCACGCGCCCGCCCCGCCGCCACGAUGCCCAAGAGGAAGGUCAGCUCCGCCGAGGGGGCGGCGAAGGAGGAGCCCAAGAGGCGGUCGGCGAGGUUGUCAGCUAAACCCGCUCCUGCGAAAGUGGAAGCGAAGCCCAAAAAGGCGGCGGGAAAGGAUAAAUCUUCAGACAAAAAAGUACAAACAAAGGGGAAAAGGGGAGCAAAGGGAAAACAGGCCGAAGUGGCUAACCAGGAAACAAAAGAAGACUUACCUGCAGAAAAUGGAGAAACUAAAACCGAGGAGAGUCUGGCCUCUGAGGAAGCAGGAGAGAAAGAAGCCAAGUCUGAUUAAUACCACAUCCCAUGUCUUCUCAGUGGUCCCUGUGUCCCUUCUUGUACAAUCCAGAGGAAUAUUUUUAUCAACUAUUUUGUAAAUGCAAGUUUUUUAGUAGCUCUAGAAACAUUUUUAAGAAGGAGGGAAUCCCACCUCAUCCCAUUUUUUAAGUGUAAAUGCUUUUUUUUAAGAGGUGAAAUCAUUUGCUGGUUGUUUAUUUUUUGGUACAACCAGAAAAUAGUGGGAUAUUGAAUAUGGGAGGCUUUGAUCGUCUUGGGUGUCAGCUUAACAUUCCAUAGAUGGGGUAGUUUUUAUAUCCUGUAAUACCAAGCAUACUAAAUGGCAAUUUGGAGUCAGUCGUGCAUUUAAUAUGUCUGGAACAUUUUAAAUACUUCUAUUCCCUUGUUGUUUUUGGUAGAAUUGUUUCCUAAAGAAAACCACUCCUUGAUCCUGGCUCUCCCUGUCAGAAUUUGUGCACUCUGUAACAUCUUGGCGUCCUCGUCCACUUUCCUAGUAAACUUGUGAAUGUGCUGUGCGAGAUUGAACAUUGGAGUGUGUAGUGUAUAUGAUACUGAAUUGUGAGUUAAUGGGAGUUAAUUAACAGUGUAACAGCAUAUCAGCAUUUGAAGAUAUCGGUACUUGAUAUGCUGUUAAGGGAAAUUUGACUCCAAUUUUUAAGCUGGACAGUCACUGGAAUAACUUAGAAAAGAACCGCAACUACAUGAUUUGUUUAGAUUUUUAGUAUGUCUGGUAAGAAUUGUGUGCAAACUGAAUUGUCUGUGCCGAUCCUCAGAACAACCAAUAAAAAUUCAGUUAU